AUGGAUUCCACAGGAAGGAAACUGGAGUGUGUGUUGGCGGGCAACAAGAGACGGUUGGGCAGCCGCAACCUUUCAUGCUAGAUGUGAUGGGAAAGUACCGACACUUACAAUUGUUAAAGUUUUCAAGAAUGCCAAGAAAAUUAUUUUUGGUGGAUUUGCGACCAAGACAUGGGCUGGUAACGGUACGUACGUAAGAUUGUGAACAUUAAAGUUAUACACAUAAUUAUUACGAGGGUCCUUGUUGUUCUGUUAAUGUUAUUUUUCACAUUUGUGUGGCAACGACAGGCUGUAUUUAAUUACUCUUCACUCAACAACUAGUUUCAGCUUGUUUUAAACAGGCGCAUGUACAUAAACUGUACCAACAGUAGGCCUACCAAAGAAAUAAAAAUAUUACAAGGGUAGUCACAACAGAAAACAAAAAGGAUGUUGUUAAAUUCGUUCAAAGAUGAAAAUUGGCCAGCCAGUUUCAACUCACACUUUGUUUUAGGAUCGUUCUAAAAGACUACUGCAAUUUUUGCCCCAUAGAAAAGAGCAUUCGAAUUCGCGGCCUAAUUAGAAAUGAAGCAUAUUUUGCUGAAUUUAUUUUGGCUUUGUAAGAAAUAAUGGCAGUAAGGUGUAGCUAAAAUUAACAUGUUUUUUUUCCUUGGCAUGGGUAAAUAAUAGGGAUCAGAGUCAGUGCCUCGUUCUUUAGAGAAUCUCAUCCAUGCCUUUAUUUCUUCCACCAAAAGAUUAUGCUUUUAUCCGCGUUUGCCUGUGUAUGUGCGUGUUUGUUUCUCUACCAGCACGGUAACUCAAACACUAUAAAAGUAUUAAUACAAAAAAUAGCUGUAACGUCAUUAUUAAAAAAAUUUAAUGCCUAUAGAUGCCGUUUAAAUUUCAAAAGUAGUGUUUAUAAUAUAUAAAACACUAACUUAGUUCUCGGAUGAGCUUUAUCUAGAGACAUAUUAAUUACCUGCGCUGGGAGGUUAUGUUUUCGUCCGCGUUUGUAUGUGUGUCUGUGUAUUUGUCUGUCAGCACGUUAUUAUACGUACUAUUACCAGACGUAUCACUACGAAAAUAUGUAGGAUUAGUAGGGAUCGACUAUUAGUCCAAACUGAUCAAAUUUUGGUUAAUUUUGGGUAAAAAUCGGACGAGAACUUCGUAAAAGUCUGUAUUCCUAUGCCGGCAGACUAAACCGAAUGCGUAACUAGCGCAUUUUAUAAUUCAUGCAUGCAUGAUACAUCAGCUAAAUCGCUUGGGGGGAGGGGGGGAUGCAGUUUUAAAAGUAAUAGCUGUUUACCAGAAAAAUGCGUCGGAAAAUAUUUUUUAUACAUUUCGAUUCCAGCAGACAAUCUUGUCUGAUAAAAAAAUAUUGUACUUUUUUCAGAUGGUGAAGCGCGUGCCCCUGGAUCAUUUUUGUAUUCUCUUCGCAAUAAUGAUGACCUCACGGCUUUCAAGGCUCCGUUGAUAAAUGAGAAUGAUGAGUGGGCAAUUAGCCGCUACAGCGUAGAUGGACCAACCUUUGGUGGAGGGGAAUUGUUCAUUCCAAACAAUGCGGUUUCAAAUCCCAAUACCCAAGCAGAUUUUGGUACCCGUUACCAGCCUCCACAUGGAUACACUGCCAACCAACCCAACACAAAAUCGCUCCUUGCAGGAAGUAGUGACUUUCUUCCAUCUGAAGUUGAAGUAUUAUACUUAAAUUGAAGCUGUGCUAAUUAUUCACUGAAG